AUGGCAUCGCGACCGCUUCAUGGCCUGCAAUCCAUGGAAAAAUUUGCAGAGUUCCAAAGAAAUCUGCGCCUAUCUGUGAUUCCAACCGUAGAGGCUCAGCAUGAAGCUGCUGAAGGACCGAGCGCUCGCCUCUUGAAAAACCAGCAGGCUAUCGAAGAGGUGAACAGUUCGUCAGAUAGACCAGCAGGCUGCUCGUCAGAUGACGACGCUCCCAUCGCUGAGCUGAGACGACCAGCAAAAAAAAAAAAGGCGCAAAAGGCUCACCGCACGACUGCGGGACUGGAAGGAGCCACCGCUGGUUUGCAAGCCCAGCUGUCAAUGAAGCCUCCUGGUGGAGAGCUGCAACCGCCUAAGCAAGCUCCCGUGGACGAGGAGGACGAAACAGAGUCGGAAGAAGAGAAGCAGGUUCCGGAGCCGGAUAGGGAGGAUAACGAAGGGGUCGAAUUCGAUCGUCAGGAGGAGUCCGAGGAUGAGGAGACCUCCCAGGACCAGGACAUGAUGGACAACUCGACCCAAGAACCGGUCGACCCUCUCAUAGCUUAUGCGCAGAUGGACGCAGAGAUGAAGGAAGACGAGCUCGCAAACCGCAUCGCAAAGCGCCGGUUGCCUGUGGGUGAGGCAAGCCAUGCUGCACCGUCAAGACGCAGGUCAUAUCAGCUGGAGACCUCCCGAGUAUCGGAACCGAAAACGGCCCCAGAGACAGAGGAGGUGCAGACGGAGGCAAUUGGCAACGAGGCCCCUGUGGAUCUCUCCCAACCCGAGCUCGAUGGUCCCCCUUUUACGGAGGAUCAAAAGUCGGAUGACGAUGCAAUGCUGCAGUACUUUGGGGACGUUUGCCGGAUUGAUAUUCCAAAAAAGAUGGACGUUGAGAAGCCCGACGAGCCGUUGGAGGUGCCCCCAGCCCCUGCCGCCGCAGACCAGGACCCGUGCUUGGACGCAGCGCGGCACUUCCAUAGUAUGGGGGUGCCUACGCUGUCCGUGGACCUCUCCGUCAACUCGAUGGGGGUCAAGACGCCGCGCGGAUUGCCCUCGAGAUGGGGCGCAUGCCGCUUGGACAACUGCCUGAAAGAGUACGUCAAGCCGAGACACAACUCGCUCGCCAUGAUCACCGGAUCCGCCUCGGAUGUGUACGCGGUCGAUGUAGAUCUAAAGGACAACGGAGCUGCAGCUUUUCAGGAGAUGCUCGAGGAGAACGGGUGCCUGCCGAGCGAUACACCCAAGGAACGGACGGGGAGCGGCGGCGUGCACUUGCUCUUCUCGCUCAGAGCCUCUCUAGACGUAGGGCUGAUCAGCGGAGGAUGCAGGAACAAACUCAAGUGGAAGGGUCAGAGGGACACAGGGUCAGAGGGUCCGAAGAGGGUCGGGAUAGAUACUCGCGGAGAUGGUGGCAUGCUCUAUUGCGCCCCGAGCUGCUAUGCUGCCGCAGACGGCGCCCAGCUGGCGUACACUUGGCUGGAGGAGAUCAAGCCCGACCGGUCGAAUCUGCGGUCCAUGCCCCAGUGGUUGAUCUCAUUCAUCAACGGGGAAGGCGCGGCCGCCAGAGAAUCGGUUCGGCACGAUCCCUUCUGGACUGCACCGGCCUCGACGAGCACCGGAGAGGCGGAGGUUGCUCCGGAACCGGCCGUGCUGGAGCGGAUCAAAGCAUGCCUUGCAAAGCACGGGGACACGACUUCCCGCUUUGACAAGAUGAAGCGCUCCGCCGCCGGUUCGAUGUACGUCUUCCGAGUCGACGGGGAGCGCCGAUGCCCCUAUGGGGCCGACCACAGCGGGAGCAACACUUUUGCGGUGCUCGUGCGGGACCGCGCUCUUCUGUACCACUGCAGCAGCGGCGAGUGCUCGGAGGCCCGUCCCAUGCGGCAGAUCGGGAAGCUGACUCGCUUCGAGAGCAUGCUGGGCGGUGAGACGGCUCCGGUGGCCCCCGAUGAUCUCAGCGUCUGCCGCACGCUGGACAAGCGGUUCGUGGACUACUGGGCCUUCCAAGGCGACAUGGGGGGCAGCCAUUUAGUCGAUCAGAUGUACGCUUUGUGUGGCAG